ACAAUUCCUCAAUUCUCUCCCAACUCACAAUCUUCUAUCACUGUCCUCCAUUGUUGUACCUUCACAAUUCCUUCUCCCCCAAAAAUGACGUGCUCAGAAUCAGUCACAAUCGUCUCAAAAUCUACGGUUGUGCCUUCACAUCCGUCCGCCAUGGAUGACUUGAAGCUUUCUGUUUCUGAUCUUCCUAUGCUUUCUUGCCACUAUAUUCAAAAAGGAGGUUUGUUUACAAAACCUCCAUUCAAUUCAUCAACAAUGAUUUCAUAUCUUAAAGAUGGACUUUCAAAUGCUCUCACUCAAUUUCCUGCUUUAGCUGGCCGAUUCGUAACUGAUUCUUCUGGUUACAUUUUCAUUACUUGUAAUGAUGCUGGAGUUGAAUUUAUUCAUGCUACUGCGAAAAAUGUUUUUAUACGUGAUAUUAUAUCUCCUAUUGACACUCCUGACGUCGUUAAGGAGUUUUUUAGUUAUGAUCGAACCGUCAGUUAUAAAGGUCAUUUUCAGCCAUUAAUGGCGAUCCAAGUUACUGAGUUAGCCGAUGGAGUUUUCAUCAGUUGUGCGAUGAAUCACUCGGUUACUGAUGGUACCUCUUUCUGGAAUUUUUUCAAUACUUUUGCGGAAACUUGUAGAGGAGUUAAAAGAAUUACGAUAUCGCCGGAUUUUAGUCGAGAUUCUGUUUUAAUUUCCUCGGCGAUUUUGAAAAUUCCAGAAGGUGGUCCUGUGGUUACCUUCAAUGAGAAGGAGCCACUAAGAGAGAGAAUCUUUAGCUUUAGUAGAGAAUCUAUAUUGGAAUUGAAAUCAAAGGUCAACAAUCGCAAAUUUUCAACUCCGGCUUCGAUCGAAUUGCUUGGUAAACAGAGCAAUGAUCCUUACAAGGAUGGAAAAAUGGUUUCGAAAAUUGAAAAUUGGAUUCGAAACGCCGUUUCCGUUUCGAAACCUCAAACCAUAAACAAAACUGAUUCAAUGGCGGUUGAAAUCUCUUCUUUUCAAUCUUUAUGUGCUCUGCUAUGGCGGUGUGUUACACGGGCUAGAAAGCUGAACUCGACCAAAACGACAACGUUUCGGAUGGCGGUAAAUUGCCGCCACAGAUUAGAACCGAAACUGAACCCUCUUUAUUUUGGGAACGCGAUUCAGAGCAUCCCAACCGUUGCUGUAGUUGGUGAUGUUCUAUCAAAUGACUUACGGUGGGCCGCGGAGCAGCUGAAUAAAAAUGUGAAGGAUCAUGGAAACGACACCGUAAGAAAGUACGUUGCCGAGUGGGAGAGUAACCCCAGGACUUUUCCUUUGGGUAAUUUUGAUGGGGCAAUGAUAACAAUGGGUAGUUCGCCUCGGUUUCCUAUGUAUGAUAAUGAUUUCGGGUGGGGAAGACCCGUAGCAGUUCGAAGCGGGUGGGCCAAUAAAUUUGAUGGUAAGAUCUCAGCUUUCCCGGGUCGGGAAGGUGGUGGUAGUGUUGACCUUGAAGUGGUUUUAGCGCCCGAGACAAUGGCGGGUCUUGAAUCUGACCCGGAAUUUAUGCAAUUUGUUUCAAAUUGUUAGGUAAUUAUGGUUUGAGUUGUAAAUUAAUGGGGUAUUGGAUCAUUGGAUCAAAGAUGUAAUGAUGAGAAAUAUGGGGUUUUAAUUUCUUUUUAUUCUUGUUUUUCUUGCUUAAUUAACCAUGUAUUUGUGUAAUAUGUUAUAAUCCUAAUGCUAAUUUCUCGA